AUGUCGAAAUCACUCGCAGCAAUUAGAUCAGCAGCCAUCGACGGGCGUCUUCACAACCCGUUCUACCGAAAAGACCAACUCAGAAAUCUUCACAGCGCGUUAGUAGAUAAAGCGGUGCAGAUUCAAGAUGCUAUCGCAAAAGAUACGAAACAUCAAACUGCUGAGGUAAAGGUUGAGUAUUGGCUUGCUCUGCAGGCUAUUGCGGACGCGCAUGAAUCGCUUGAUCCGGUCAAGGCGAUUGAGGAUGAGUAUGCUGUUACGAAGGGCCAUGACGAUGUUACUAGUCGGGAACCUAUUGGUGUUGUUGUCAUUGAGCCGGCGUAUCAUGCCUUCUUUUAUGCAUUGAUCGCGGCGUUGGCACCGGCUCUUGCGGCUGGGAACUGUGUUGUUGUGCAGGCUCAAAACUCACUACGUGAAACACCAAAGAUCGUGCUAGACCUGAUCGCCAAGUCUUUGGAUAGAGAUAUUUUCACAGUCUCAAACCAAGAAGUCACAGCAGAAGAUAUCAACCUUCCUCACAUCCGCGUCUCCCAAAAUGGCUCAGACGGCCCCAUUCUGAAAGACCACCUCGUCUCAGACCCCGAAGCACCAGUAGUUGCAUUCGUGGAACGAGACGCAGAUAUCCAAGCCGCCGCCAAAGCUCUUGUAUCCGCACGUUUCAGCCUGCAAGGCAAAGCCCCCUACGCCCCUGACGUCGUUCUUGUCAACGAAUGGGUCAAGAAGGAUUUACUCCGCGCUCUUGUGCAGCAGAGCACUGAGUUCCUAGCCAACUCACCGAACAAGUCCAAGGCUCCUAAAUCUGCAUUGUCGAAAGAGGUUGAGAAGGAUGAUUCUGUGCAUGUUGUGCUUUCUGGGUCGAAUGGUGUGAUUCUUGAUGUUGAGAGCAGACAAUCGAGUUUGCUGAGCCAAAAGGUUGAGGAGACGACGCUUAUUGUCCAUGCUGUUACUAGUAUGGAUGAUGCUAUUGAUACUUCGAGAGAUAUUGGAUCUCUGACCGCUGCUUAUAUCUUCACCAAUCCCGCUAUGGCCAAAUAUCUAUGCCAAUUCGUGGAUACAGCCGUGAGCUUUGUCAACCACAUUCCAACCAAACUUCUUUACUCCCCCACCGCACCAUCCGGGAUUCCUCCCCAGUCUGGAACCAACAACAUCUACCACCAAGAUCUCUUCUCCCGUCUAAAACCCAAGUAUCUUACCAAAUCCGCCACUGACAACAAGCUCGACAGGAUUGUCAACACAACUUCAACCAGAGAGCUAAGUGCGCUGGAUCAGGAAGCUACAAAGAGACUUCCCGAGAUGAAGCGGAAGCUCAAGGGAACGAAGCUUGGUUUCUUCGAGCAAGGUAUUGUGACGAGCUUGGUGUUUAUCUUGACAACUGCCGUGUCGGGGACGGGCAUUCUUGGCUACUAUGGAUAUAGGUACUUGAGAUCGUGA